AUGGUAUCGAUGGCUGAACGAUUUGACGAUUUCCAUCCAUCAUCACCAUUUUUGGUAUCCUCCACAAUCGAUAAUCAAAAGCAACAACAAUUAACUUCUAGCUUUUCGGAGUCACUGGAGCAUUUACAUCAGAAAUUUCAGAUAUCAUCUGAACCCAUAUCACAAUGGUUUCAGCAUCUCAUGUUCCUACGGAUUUUGAAAGCUCUCAUUUGCUUUGGACUAUAUUGCAUUCCAUCAUACUUCAUUGCUGCAUGCAUUUUGCAGAUUUCAUUGUUACAUCCUAUUCAAGCAACUUUAAAUUGUAAGUUGUUAUUUUCGUUUCGUAGUAUCUUAUAUUCAUUACUCUUUGCAAUUUGCGGUGCAUUUCAUGCUGCCUUGCUUGCAUUUUUCGUAUUACGUUUCGACAGCGAAGACAGACUCUCUUGCAAAUCUCUACGGGCAUGGUUGAUUUAUUUCGGAUCGUUGAAUACUGCUCUUUCACAGAUUGUUUGCUUAUCAAUAGGUUCGAACUCUCCUGAAUUUACGAGGUUUUUUAUUUAUUUGCUAGUUGUUGCACAGGCCGUAAUCACUUUUCACGAAAUAUUUCGCAGAAAUCAUCGAUUAGUAUUUCCAGUUAUUGAAAUGCAGCCCUACAUGCAAUAUAAUUUCGUUUUGAUACCAGCAGCUAAGAGUAUUUUAAACACGCAAUUGUCUCAGAUCUUAAAAUGGACUGCAUUGUUCGCAGUAGCUUGUGGUUUUCCAUUAUUUCGUUUGUCACUGCUUCGAAAUCUUCUUGACAUACCUCUAUACUUCAGUACUUCUGUACUUUUGAUAGUUCACUUCUUCUUGCAUCAUAUUGCUAUAGGAUUGAUAAAAGUCUUUGUCCUUCAGAGUUAUGAAUUUUCUAUGCCACCACCCCAUGCUAUAUUAAAUCCAACACCAGAGGAACAAAGGACGUUAAUGGAUGCUCUUGAUUCUAAUGGUAUCAUAAAGGUUUUCGCAUUUCGGGACUUGCAAUCAUUAAGUGCUGCAUGUUACCGUCGUCGCCAAAUUAUUUUCUCCUUAAGUCAGCCAGGUGGUCAUCCUCGAAAUUGGAAUGCCAUAAGACUUUCAUGUCUGCGACACAUACAGCAUUUAAGUCUACAGUUUGAAAAUGAAAAUGAUCGUAUUCGAUCCGAAACAUUUGCAAGUGUAGCCGCUCCCCUAAUGUCAUCAUCAGAUAGUAACCGCCCAGUUAUUUUGGGUCAUAGAGCAUGGCAAAAAGAUAGUCUUCGGCAACGACUCCUGCCUCAAAAUUUGCGAAAAGAGAGCAAGGAGUCCUCGCAUGCUAGUCUUGUGAAUAAAUUGUCAUUCUUUUUGGAUAAAUUUCUCAUUCAUGACAAUCGCCAUAUUGUUUCAUUCUUCGAAGUUUAUGUGGGUAUUCUGGCAAUAGAAAGUCUAUCAUCACUUGUUUGCAUAUCAUUGAGUGAAGAUCGUUUCGGUGUGGUACAGAAAGAUUUACAUCAAAUAGUAUCGGUAUUGCUUCAGUUUUGCAAUAAUCUCGAAAGGUACAUGCGUUCCGUUAAAAAGGAUAAGGAAUGGCAAAACAAGACAUGUGUACCUCUUCUAACUUCCACUACCAUGGCAUUGAAUCGUAUGCGCUUCACAUUUCCGGAAGACUCAAUAUUCAAACAAUUAAGUGCCCAAGAAGCAUCCUAUUUCGAGAAACUGACGUCUUUUGAUUAG